CGAUUCCCUUCCUUCUCCGGCAGUGCUGACUGAUUUCGUGCAAGUAUCUCCUUGAUCUCACACUAUGCUUGCCACUACACUCUCUUUAAUCUCAUGCGCGGUCACCGUCACCGCUUGGCCCUUCUCCCUUUUCGGACACACCUUCGGCGCACCCGAGAGCAAGGGCACCCCAAUGCCACUCUCCCUGACUACUGUCAACUCAACGCUUCUCCGCCCCGCUCAAUUUGCGCGUGCAGCCUACUGCUCCGGCGCCUCGCUCGAGAGCUGGAGCUGCGGUCUGCCGUGCGACCAGGUCAAUGGUGUCAAGUUUCUGCAGGCUGGCGGAGACCAGGGCUCUAUUCCUUUCUAUUUUAUCGCCCACGAUCCAGAGCAGGAUUCCAUCGUCGUGGCCCACGAAGGGACUGAUCCCAAUAAGAUACUCUCUCUAGUGAAUGACGUCGAAUUUCUGCUGGACGACAUCGACGAGUCGAGGUUUCCUCGCGCAGCUGGACAAGGCAUCAAAGUACACACUGGCUUCCAAUCGACUUUCGAACGGACGGCGGACGGCAUUCUCUCCGGUGUGCAAACUGCGCUCCUGAGCACAGGCGCGAGCAACGUUCUGGUCACAGGGCACAGCCUCGGUCCGGGCAGCGCUGGCGAUGUUGACGGGAAGCAUGCCGCGCGAAUCGCCCGACCCAUCCGCAGGCGUGACGAUCUCCACGUUUGGGAUGCCACGCGCGAGGAACCAGGCGUGGCCAACUUCGUUGAUUCCAACGUGAGCCCUGCCUUCGUUCCAGCCGACGUCGCCAUUGACGAAGUUGCAAUCCCGGGCGGCGUGACCUUCAUGACCAUUCAACAUGACCCAGUCCCGAACGUCCCUCCGCUGCUGUUCGAUUUUGCGCAUCCGAGCGAAGAGAUCCACGUCGUGGACUCGUCACAGCGCAGCAUUGUCUGCUGUCCAGGUCAGGAUAACGAGAAUUGCAUCAGCGGUAACUCGCUGUUCGACAUUUCGAUUGGGGAUCAUCUCGGUGUCCUUAAGUAUUUCCCUGACAUUCCUUCGGGUCUGGCGAAUGCACCUGAGAUUCUUCUCUUCAAUUCUGCCAACGCUCAAUAUUUCUAUUUGGAGCAGCGCACAGAUGAGCCGUAG